CCCUGUGAUCUCAUGAAUAUAUUAUAGAGGGUCAUUGUGCAAUGAGGAAGGUAUACUGAGCUGCCAGGUUAUGGCCUGCCCAAACACAGACUGCUACAAGCUUAUUCUAAUUACCUCGGCUAGGUAGUUAGCCUCAUAGUUAUUAGUUAAUGAUACUGCUUAUAGGUGACACCGCACGGAAGUUGCAAUAAAUAAUAGCAGCAUAAUACUAUUUAUAGUGCUGAAUAGUGUAAUUAGUCCUCAACAGUCUGGGAUAUAAAAACAAAGAGAAGCCAACGCUAAAUAUAUUAAGAGUCUAACAACGCUCGACAACACGGUUAUCAGGCAGCCUUGUCUUAUUAGCCCGACUGCGACACUGUCUAGCUAGCUAAGGCUAGCUAACUUAACUGUCUCCAGUCAAGCGGCUUCAUCGUCUGGCAGCUGGGGCAGGCGAAAGGGCUGCCUCUUGAGGACAGUGGGGGCUCUCAAAUGAUCCCCCCUUUCAUCCGAUGAACCCCCUCAACUCCAUGAAACCCUCCCUGCCUCCCAAUCCACAAAGCAGUGACGGUCCCUUCCUAAAUGACCCAGUCUCUUGGCAACCAGGCACCAAUCAGCACGCGGGAGCUCUCUCUGUAGUAACCACAGUGUGGGGCGUGACCAAUCCCACACACAGCCAGGUGUUCGGUGCACCCAUGGGUCCGGGUGAGAGCUCUGGCGGACACAUGAUGCCCGGCGGCAGCCCCGGCAUGGGUCCCGGCAUGGGCUCCCAGUUCAUGGGCCAGCAGUCGUACGGAGAGGCUGUCUCGAAAGGUUACGGCCAGCCAGUCAUGUACGGACGUCCCAGCGCUGCCUACAACCCAGCCUCAGCCUACGGAGGAAGUUACUCUGGUAACAGCGGAGGUGCCGGUCUGGGCGUUCGUCCUCCCUCGGACUUCACUCAGGCUGCCGCCGCCGCCGUGGCUGCCGCUGCUGCCACGGCGACUGCCACGGCUACGGCAACUGUUGCAGCAAUACAGGAAAAACAGAACCAGGAGCUGAGCUAUGGACAGAUGGGUGGAGCAUCCUCUUACAGCACCCAGUUCCUGUCUCAUUCGGGCCCCCGCGGCCCUCCUCCAGGCAUGGUCUCUUCCAGACCCGGACCUCCACCUACCACCGGAGGCCUGUAUCCCUCCCACCCUGCCCAGACUCAGAAGAUGCCCCAGCAUGGAGGGUAUCCAGGUGGACAGCAAGGGCUCAAACGGCCUUUUCAUUCAGAGGGGUUUCCUGUGCAGCAGUACAGUUCUGGUGGGAUGUCAGGGUACCCUAACCAGCCUCUGCAGUACCCCGCUGGUCCACAGCAGCGAUGCGCCCCCUCACCCUCUUACCCUUCAAGUCGGAUGCCCCUCAUGGGACAGUACACGUCUGGAUCACACAACCCGGCUCAGUUCCCCCCCGGAGCCGGCCAGCCCAAUCCUCCACAGUAUUAUAAGUCAGAGCCAUUCAAUGGUCAGGGCAGCAUGCCAUCUGGAGGAGCAGGAGGGUACAAUGCCUUCACACAGGCUGCAGUGAGCGGGCCAGGUCGGAGCGGAGUGAUGCCUGGAUAUCCCAGCUCACCGAUGGGAGGGAAUCCCACGCCCCCGAUGACACCUGGGACGUCCAUACCUCCCUACCUGUCCCCAGGCCAGGACACAAAACCCCCCUACCUCCCACCGGACAUCAAACCCAACAUCAGCACCCAGCAGCCCUCUACAGGUAACCCCAGCGACGACCUGCGCCUGACUUUCCCGGUGCGAGACGGCGUCGUGUUGGAGCCGUUCCGGUUGGAGCACAACCUGGCCGUCAGUAACCACGCCUUCCAGCUGAGAGACUCCGUAUACAAAACGCUCAUGUUGAGACCGGAUCUGGAGCUGCAGUUUAAAUGUUACCACCACGAGGACAGACAGAUGAACACGAACUGGCCGGCGUCAGUACAAGUCAGUGUCAAUGCAACUCCACUGUGCAUUGAAAGAGGCGACAACAAAACUUCCCACAAGCCCUUGUACCUAAAGCAAGUGUGUCAGCCGGGACGUAACACCGUACAGAUCACAGUAACAGCCUGCUGUUGUUCGCACCUGUUUGUGCUUCAGUUGGUCCACCGGCCGUCCGUCAGGUCUGUCCUGCAGGGUCUGAUGAAGAAGAGGCUCCUGCCCGCCGAGCACUGCAUCACGAAGAUAAAGAGAAAUUUCAGCAGCGGCACCAUCCCCGGGACCCCUGGUCUGAACGGAGAGGACGGCGUUGAGCAGACGGCGAUCAAAGUGUCUCUCAAAUGUCCCAUCACAUUCAGACGGAUCCAGCUGCCGGCCAGAGGGCACGACUGCAGACACAUACAGUGUUUCGACCUGGAGUCCUAUUUGCAGCUGAACUGUGAAAGGGGGACCUGGAGAUGUCCUGUGUGCAAUAAAACAGCUUUGCUCGAGGGGCUGGAGGUGGACCAGUACAUGCUCGGGAUUCUGGUCUACAUCCAGAAUUCGGACUAUGAGGAGAUCACCAUAGACCCAGUGUGCGGCUGGAGGCCGGUGCCCGUCAAACCAGACCUGCACAUAAAGGAGGAGCCUGAUGGUCCGGUCCUGAAACGCUGCCGGACAGUCAGCCCCAGCCACAUGGUCCUGCCUAAUGUGAUGGAAAUGAUCGCCGCCCUGGGCCCGGCGUCGUCCCCCUACCAGAGUGUGACUGCAGGGGGCAGGAACACCCCCGACUACACCAGGCCAGGGAGCCAGGGAUUCUCCGGCCAAACAGGGUUCACAGACUUCCCCAACACUCCUGGCACCCCCACACUCGGAGAGUACGCCUCCUCUGGGCCGCCGCCUCCUCUCCCGUAUCAGUCUGAGCAGACGCCUCAUUCUGGACGAAUCGAACACGCCCACGGCAUCCUGCAGCAGCACAGUUCAGGCGUUCACGCUAAUCAGAGUCUCGCCGAUGCUGGCAGUCCGCUGCCGCAGCGGAACACCAGUACCCAGAAUUCCCGGCUGCAGAGCGAAGGCUCCUUCGGUCUGGGAGGCCCGGGAGCACCUGGAGGCGAGGGUGCCGAUCAUGCACUAGAUCUUCUUCCUGAGCUGACCAACCCGGACGAGCUGCUGUCCUACCUGGGGCCCCCCGACCUCCCCACCAACAGCAGCGACGACCUGCUGUCUCUGUUCGAGAACAACUGACGCCCUUCACGCCGUCACCACGGUCAUCUUCCAGUCCAGCCUCCGCUUCUCUGUUCGCUGUCGCCUCUCUGUCGCCGGCUCAAGACAGCGCCGUCUCCGUUGGCGCCCACUGCUUGUGUGUGUGAGUGUGUGCAUGAAUCUGUGUGAGUGUUUUGGUGUGUCUUUGUCUUUUUGGAGUGUCCUGCUGUACUUUGACGCUCAGUCAGUGCAGUAAACAGGAGCAAACACUUGUCACAUGUGAUCACCGUCUGUCAUAUGAAGAAUUCAGCAGUACGUUGGCACUGAAUCUGCAGACCAGCACUUAAACUAUAGCACAACUCGCAGGCUGAAGGAUUUAAAUACGCAGUAUUUAUACAUGUUAAUAGUUGAAGUGGAGGGUGUGUUUAUGAGGAGGUGGUGGACACAUUAAUACGGUGGUUCCCAAACUUUUUUGCAAGCAUUAACAAGCACACACAUGCACAUUCCUGGUAGAUUACUUAAAAUAUUCCUGCUCUUUACCUCAUGACCAUCACGGUGAAAUAUUGAAUGAAUUUUAUCGCUUUUAACUCUCCAGAGUUGUAAAACAACACUGAAACAGUGACCUCCCAGUCUGGAAACCACUGCGUUAAAGAUUAAAGCUUGUGAUAUUCUGUGUAUUUCAAACAUUGUCAAAAAGUCCCAUGAAAAAUAAAACCAGCCCAACAGCGUUUCUGACUCACUUGCCCUGUCUGCCCAUUGGCUCCUACUGAAGACUUACAUCUCACACAUGGGUCAAAUUUAUACUUUCAGUAUAAUUAAUACUUUUAAAAAAGGGUAAUUUGUAAAACUGUAGUUCUCUACAAACAUGAUUCAAACAGGAGGAAAUAGAGCAUUUGCUGGGGACUAUUUUCCGCGGCGGAUUAAUCCACAUUGUGUGCUGUAGUGAGUGUUUGUGGCAGCAGGACGGUGUGUGUGUGAGUCAGAAUAAACUACAGUGUGUGUGUUCAUGGUGUCAGCCAGAGCAACAGUGAGGCUCACCGAUGUGUUUUAAUGGAGCUCAGAAGAAGACGAUCCAUCAGGCUGUGAUACACAGAAAUGCUAGCAGUUAGCAUUCACUGCUGGUUUGAGUCUUUUCAUGGGAUUUGUUGAGCAUAAGAGAAAUAUAUAAUUUCACCAGACUCAUCUUUUAAUACAACUCUGAUUCCAAACCAGUUGACUUUGUGUAAGACAAUAUAACAGAAUGUGAUCACCUGCUGAUCUUUUCUGAUAUAAACUCACCUGAAAACAGCACAAAGUCGAUAUAUUUAAUGUUUGAGCUCAUCAGCUUCAUUGAUUUUUGUAAAUAUCUGCU